AUGUCGUCGAUUCUUCUCGACACCCUCAAGGAUGGGCUUGAUCCAGGGCUUGCUGGGAUGCUUGAAAAAGACCCAGAGCUCAAGAAAGAUACACAGCAGUACCUUGAGGAGCUUUUGGUCAAUUCGGAGCUACUAUCCACUGAGAUGUUCACAUCUUCCACUGAAACCAAGGGAAAGAACCUAGUGGAGGAGAUUGCCGAGCUCGACCACCAGCUGCGUCAGAUCGAGCUUCAAUUGGCAACUAUCGCAAACGAAAACCGAGACUUGAUUGUUGGUGUUACAGAGGAUGUCAAGCUCGUUCAUAACACCAUUGGUGAGGACUUGAACAAGAACAUUGCCGCUAUGAAACAGGGGUUUGAAAACAAAAUAGCUGUUGAUAACAAGGCGGUCAAGAAAGUCAGUCAGGCUAUCUCAGCAAACAACUCCAUUUUGCAUAACAUGGACUCGAUCCUUGAUAUAUAUGAACUCCCAACUCUCUGUGGCCUUUGCAUAAUGCAGGGUAACUACCAGGAGGCAUUGGAAAUCCUGACACUGGUCAAGAUGCUAACCGUGAAGUUUCCUAACCUGAAAACCUUCAAACAAUUACAAACCCAGGUUGAUAACGAGUUGAAGCUCAUGGUGAGGGGCCUCAUAAAGCUCCUUAAUACGAACUUGAAGCAGUCCAACAUCUUGAAGAUCUUCCAGAUUUUGAACAGACCAAAUCUUGUGACUUCUGAAGAAGACGAAAAUGACCAAACGAUCUCUGGCAACAAGACGCUCAAAUUGAUUUAUCUCAACUCGAGGUUCAAGUUCAUCAUGAACGAGGUUGCCAGCCUUCAACCGCUUUUGAAAUUAAAGAAACUCACGUACCUCAAGCGCUACAUUGAGAUCUACCGUGAGCAUCUCUACAAUUCGCUAUCAAUCUAUCACGCCAUCUUUUUAUCAACGGGUCUAAAGUCCGACACUAACGACGACAAGCUCUUGUUGCACAUGUACAUAAAGAAAUUGGUGUAUUUGAUGGUCGAGGAGCUCCGCACGCAUCUUCCAAAGGUCCAAGAAGGCGAAAAUACUGCUGACGAGGUGGAGUUGAACAGCUUGAGGGACGGCGUCAUCUUGCAAGUUAUAUACUUAUGCAGAUCGCUCUCCAAGUACGGUCUUGAUUUCGAAAGUCUCAUCACUUGGGAACUUUGCGUCAAGGAGCCUUCACUUAUAGCGCAAGAAGACUGGGCCAGGAAUUUGGCCAAAUUGAAGAAGUUUAAGUCCUGA